AUGCAUUACCAAAUGUGGAUAAGAACUCUGGCGCAUAAUUUAAUUUCCAGAUCAGGGCCUUUUCGUCACAUGUAUAUUAAGGUUGGUGACACGGCAGAAAUGACUAAAACAUUUACACAAAAGGAUGUACUUUUAUUUUCUGAGAUAACUGGAGACACUAACCCUUUACAUUUGAAUGAAGAGUAUGCAAAAGGUACCAGAUUUCUGAGGCCUGUUGUACAUGGUGUGCUGAUUACAGGACUAAUAUCUGCAGUCUUGGGAACUAAAAUGCCGGGACCUGGCUGUGUUUUUCUUUCUCAAGAAAUUCGAUUUCCAGCUCCUUUGUACAUUGGUGAAGAAGCCUUGGCUGCAGCAGAAAUUAAAAAGUUGAAGCAGUCCAUUGCCUGGAUUGCAGUUUCUUGUACUGUCAUGAAGAGUGGAAAGGUGGUCAUGGAAGGGGAGGUUAAGGUAAAGGUACCAGAUGGUAAAGAUGAAUAAGCUAACUGCAUUACUUGCAUUGGAAAUGAUAUACAAAUUCUGUACUUGUCUCAUGAGUAUAAGUCCUUAAAUUAAAUGCAUAUACACUAUUUAAACAUUUGUUUUUCUUCCAAAUAGCUGACAGUCACCUAUAUAAAGACUUUGAGAUGGUGUAUUAUUUUGUGUUGCUUUUUUGGGAGAUGGAGGAGAUAUAGCAUCACAUCACAUCAUUGUACUUAGGUCUGUCUUGAUAUUUUUGGGAGGUAAUGUAUGUAUAUUUGCCAUGAUUAUAAUUACAAAGCUUAAGAUGUGAGAGUCAAAAUAAAAACUAAGAGAAGACCACCUGA